CCUUCACCAGGACAGCAGAGAGGACUUCUUCUUCAUCGGUCCUGCAGCACAAUCAAGGUUCUGUUCAUCCAUCCAUUCCAUCUGUCCGUCCUGAUGAGUGGACAGCCUCCUCCCCCGUAUCAUCCCUAUAACCCGGAUGGAGCUCCGCCCCCUUCUUUCCCACCAGCUUUUGUCUCACAGCCAGCCUUUUUCCCUGGCUCCAUUUACCAGACUUUUCCUCAGGCCCCCACAGACUCCACCCUCCAUCACGCAGGACAGCUGGGGCAUGGUGUGGGGUCACUGCUGGGUUACCUUGGAGACAAGCAGGAGCACCCCCAACCCCCAAAACAUGCAGUGAACGUGAUGGAGCCCCGCCCUUAUCAGGAGAGAGGUGUGGGCUCGUACCUGGCAGCGUGUUCGGCUGCUCUCUGCUGCUGCUGCCUGUGGGAUCUGCUUCAUCGCUGAAACCAUCAUUCCCUUCAACCUCUUCAUCAUCUCUGUCCGCGCAGCACCCACCACCAUAAUGGAAGGGAUCACAUCUGCUUGAUUAAUAUGUUUUCAGCUUUGACUUUAGGGCAGAAAAAAAUCUGCUACAUGUCGUCUUGUGUUUAUUAAUAUACAUUAAAAAAAUACAAAUCAGUGUUGAGAUUAUUUCC